GUGUAUACUUUUUUAUGCAAGCAAUCCACUGCGCGCCAUGCUUCGUGUUAUAUCUCGUCAAUUUGCUGGUGUAAUUGACACACGUACACGUGUAUCGAGUACGAAGUUGAACACACAUCUGAGGUUUCUGAACUGCUGUUCUCUCCAGACAUUAGGAAGGGCAGUUUGUGUUGGUAGACCAUUACAUUCACCUGAUAGACCAGAAUCACUAAAGAAGAGUACUACCAGAAUGUCAAGCACAGAUCAGAACCCAUCUCCGUCAAAGAGUGUGUUUCUCAAACAAGAGACACUCCACAAGGAAAAAUGGUUAUCUUUAGAGAGAGUAACAUACCAAGAUCCUCGAGGUAAAGAGAGAACCUGGGAAGUGGUAGAAAGGACAACUAAACCAAAGAUAGAAGGAGUUAGUGACUGUGUUGCAAUGAUUGCUAUUCUUAACAGAUUGCUUCACUAUGAUUGUAUUGUCCUCGUCAAGCAGUUCCGCCCACCGUUCAAAGCAUAUACCAUUGAGUUUCCUGCUGGUUUGGUAGAUCCAAAUGAGAGUCAAGAGGAAGCAGCUUUGAGAGAAUUGAAAGAAGAGACAGGUUAUACAGGGACAGUCUUAGCAGUAUCUCCAUGUACUGCCUUAGACCCAGGAAUUUCAUCAGCAUCAUGUAGCUUUGUUCAUGUUCAAAUUGACGGCAAUGACAACGCCAAUGACAGUGCAGUAGCUUGUCCAGAGGAUGGAGAGUUUAUAGAAAUUCUUCUCAUUCCAGUCAAUGAAUUACUUCAUAGAUUGCAAGAAAUGGCGAAGCAGAAAGAUGUUGUGAUUGAUAGCAAUGUAUACAUGUAUGCAUCAACUUUAACUCACCCCCAUCUAGGAAUGGUACCUUCCACUAUCAUCAACAGUGAUUAACUUCAACUCACCCCCAUCUUGGAAUGGUACCUUCCACUAUCAUCAACAGUGAUUAACUUCAGAUAUCAAUCAACAGUCUGUUGUCUAGCAAUGGACCUCCUUGACUGGUAAUUCACAUUGACAGUCUGUAUGUUGGCUCUGAGUUUGAGUAAUGGCUUGUUUACACAUGAAGCAGGAAGCCACUAGUGAUCUCUGCCGCAUGGUUUUAUGUUUUUAAAGGUAAAUGAAUAUCAAGUUGGAAGAAAGUAGCUCCGCUCAACAAAAGGCAUUUGUGCACUCCAUAUCUGUGUGUCGUACGUACGAUACAGACAUGAGAUGCAAAAAGUAUUAUGCUUGCUGCAUCAGAGAACGCGCCAUGGUGUCAUAUGUAAACAAGCUUUUAUUGACCAGUGUAUGGACUGUCUGUAUCUUGAUUCUAGUGUAUGAAUCCUCUGUGUCCAGUAAUGAGCCCGUUAUGGACCGGUUAUUGACCAACUGGCGCAGACCUUUACUGAUUACCUCAUGUAAUUAACUUGACCUAGGAGUCUACUUGGCCUGACCUCAUGCAUUCACCUGAAAGGUCACUGACCUCUUGUUAUUUCAUGGACUUUUGAUCAGCUAUAAAUAGAAAAGGAAACAUGUCUUCUUGGAGAGACAGACUGUUCAGUUAUGAAAAUUAAGUGUCAUUGGAACAUGCUUCUGAUUCUAAUUGUAAAAUGUAAUGUUUUUUAUUGAUUUAAACCAUGUACAAAGGUGAGCUAUUUUUCUGACCAAAAAUUUUAAAGAUAUGCUUAGAAAAUUGAGCUCUUUUUUAUAUUACAGGGAUUUUUCUUAUUUUUUUUCUUCAAUCAUGAAUAAAGCUUUCAUGAGCUUGUAAUACUCUCGUAGUUUAGAUGCCUAGCCGACAGACAGUUUAUCAUUGUGUGUUUAUUCAAAAAAAAAUUUAAACUGAUUUUAAACUGAUAUGUUUACAUGUAUUUGAUCAUGCAUCUUCUUAUUAUUAAAUAUUAAUCUGUCUCACAUCAAUAUUUUAUUAAACAUGUGGAUGUGCCAUAUUUUUCAUAACUGUUAUUUUAUGAUGUGAAAGAAGAUCUAUUUUUGAUACAGUAAUUGUGAAGAACUGGUGAGAAAACUUGCCUGAUAUUUAGCAAUAUUUACUUUUCUUUGCAUUGGAAUGUUGUCUUGUAAGAUACAUGUACUAGUAGUUAGGUCCUCACAAUGACAUAGAGCACUUUUAUGUAGACAUUGAACCAUUUUUAUCAUACGCUCAAGUGGGCAACUUUUUAUGUAACAUUUGAAGCUGUUUUGUGUUAAUACGUUGAUAGCAAUCUAUCCUGUUGAAAUCCUGGCACAAUGACUGUAUUGCAUAAUAUUGCAUAAUAUAAAGUAUGCUUGCUAUGGAAACAACUGUUUCAGCCCUCUUACUAAUGUUCAAAGUUUAUCAAAUCUUUUUCUCUGAGAGUAAAGCCAUUGAACACAGAAUAUUAGAUGUUUUCCUCCCUUGUGUCAUGAAGAGCGCCAUCUGUUGUUAAAACUAGCAAAAGUGAAUGAAUGGAGGAAUUCAAUGUAAUAAAAGAGACAUUUCAGAUGUUUAAUAAAUAAAAGAUCAGACUUGUGAAAGGGUUGAGAUUAUUGCCCCUUUUAUGUGAGCCCCCCCCCCCCCCCUCACACACGCACACACAUCUUCUUUUCUUAAUUCAAGUUUAAAGGUUUUCAACUGAUUAUGUAAAUAACUUUUUUUUAAUCGUAAGUUAUUUUCAUACACUUGGUACUUGUACCGGUAUAUAAUUUUGUUGCAUAAAUCAUGUACAUGUAUAUCAUUUGUAGAAACAUUCCAUGUUUUUUUCAUGUGAUUUUCUCGAUAUGUGUAGAAAUGCUAAAUUUCUAUUUCUAUUUUAGGAAGGUAAUGAAACUAUAUAUUUUUUUUUGGGGGGUUAUAUUUUUUUUCUAUUCAGUAUAGAGGUAGACAAAUGAAGAUCAAUAAUAAGAGGUAAUUUAAACAAACAUCAAACAUAUCUAUAAAAAAAAAAGUGAUUAUAAAAUGACUACCAGUAACAUUGAUAUAUACCAGAAAUUGUGCUUACCAAAAUAUAUUGCAUUGCAAUUUUCAGUUUAUGGUAUACAUUAUUUGAUUAGUAUAAUUAAGAGAUACAUUUAAGGUGUAUACUGCUUAGAAAGGUAAAGUUUCGACACAAUUGAUGUGAAUUCGAUUUCUCUUGACCAUUUUGUGAAGAUAUUUAAAUCUUGUUUGAAACGAGGCAUAUUUGCAUACCUAUCAAUUAUUCAUAUAAUUUGUAUUUUCUGCUUGAUUUUUUUAUUUUUCAUAUUAAUUAUUAUUCUUAUAUUUUGUAAAAGGAAGUAUCCAUGUACCAUGUAAAUUAAGUUGCCUAAUGUAGUACAUGUAUUUUGAUACUGGCUAGUACCUUUGGAAUGAAGUAAUUUCAAUUAUAUGAGUUGAAUUUUUUUUUAAAUUUCAUUCCAUUUCAUUGUUUUCAUGUCAUGGGUAUAGUAAAUGGCAUGUAUCAUUUGUAAUGUUAUUAUGGUGCUCAUUGGGAAUCAUUGGAAUAAUGGAACAUGAUGGUGUACAUGAUGUUCAUAUCAUGUCUAUGUUUACUUGUAAUUUAUAUUUGUAUAGAGCACUGCUAUAAAUGAAGGGCUACCAUAGAAUAUCAUGUAUGCAUUCAUAUGGUGUUGAUUAAUAUAAUUACAAGGGAUGUUAAACUCAUAAUUUCUGCAUAAUUUUAUAAAUGGAGAGAGGAGAUGUAAUGUAAGGGAGAUGGUUGUUCAUAUAAAGGUAUGAAAAGUAUUCCCCCCCCCCCCUCCCAAGCAUAUAAAUGAUAUAUAGGUAUGAGCUUGGUAAAAUUCAACUCCUAAUCCACUACUUACUGAAAUCUUGGACAGCCAUUUUUGUCAAGUAUAUUUUAGCUGCACAUUGUGACAACAGUUAAUUGGAGCUGUUUGUUCUGGUAGUGGAUGAAAGCAGAGUUAGACAUAAAUUUCUAAGGUCUGAGAAUUUGUGUAACAUUUCUGUAUCAAUGAAACAUGAAACAUCAGAUAGUCUGUACAUAACUAAUAUUUAGAUAUCAUUGUGAGUUGGUGAAUGAACAUAAAACAGUCAGAACAAGUAUGAUUUAUGAUUUGUGAAGUAUCUUGGGUACGUGCACUCAUUUUUCAUCUUUUCCAGAUGAGAACAGUCCUAUUACAUGGCAGACUUGAUAUGUUACAAUGUAGCAUUGACAGGUUGCUUUGGCAACAAUUGCUGUGGGCUAUAUUUCAUGAAAGGUUAGGUAUAGUGUUAGGUUCAAGGUUUAACUAUUCAGUUAGUUAAGGAAAUUAAUGUGCAACAUUUGUGGCAGAAGCAAGUGCUGUAAAACUGUUCUAUUACAUGGGCAUCAGUUUAUGUGAAUCUUGAUAAAGACAGUCAUAUUAAAUUCAUUUGCAGGAUGAAAAUCAACUCACUUCAAAUUUUAUAUGACAAUUUAUAAUGUGUUUUUAGUUACAAAUGGAAUGCAUUCUUUGGGCUCUUGUACCAUAGUUGUAUUUUACAAAUUAAGUUUAGAUGGUCUGUUCUAAUUUUGUAACCAUGAAACUUACCAAUAUUCCACCUAGGCUGUUAUAUGUUCUCUUGCUGUAUCAGUAUGUCUGGGGUUUGCAUCUAUAAUGGAUACUCUAAAUGUCCUCAUUUGCAAAUUGAUUCACACUUGAAUUUCAUAAUCCAAUGACACACUACAAGAUUAUUGGUGAAUUUCGGGAUUAUAUCUUAUUAAUCAAUGUUUUCAGAUUUUCAAAUAUGAUUUGAAAUUGACCCGGCAGAUAUGCUUGUACUAUUUGAAUUUCAUAAAUGCAUGAAAUGGUCAUUUCACUUAUGUCUUGACUUUCAUCUUGUAUCAUAUAUUUCUCUUUAUAACCUACAUCAAUAACAUCAUUAUUAUACUUUGAAUGCCAUCGUUAUUUCUUUAUAGUUAAAAUAAAAGAAGACUGAUCAGA